AAAGAGGGAGAGAGGGCAUGUAGGAGCAAAAUUUCUCACAAGAUAUCCUCUUUGCAGCCGUUUGGUUCUCAUCCAAAUGUUGAGUAAUAAAUAGAAGAUGCAAGCCCUGAAUACAGAGCUGCAACUUUUCAGGGGAAAAAUCAAAACGAGAUUACAAGAAAAUAUAAGAAUUUACUUCAGUCAAACACAACAAUCUCGAAGAGAAGCAAGAUCUCAAAUGCUCUGAAGAAUUAGUUUUGCAGUUUCCUUUAUACCUUUGGAAUUAAGGAGGGAACAUAAGGAAGAUUACAUAAAGGCUUUUGAAAGCACACUGGUAGUGUGAUUUCAGACUGCAGCCCCGCGUGGGAGCUGACUUUUCAAGAGAAUAUCAAGUCUCAGAGGAAUAGUCUUCUUUCUACCUAGUGCCAGAGUUAAGACAAACAAACUUCCUAGCAGUCCCCUCCUGCAGAAGCCUGAAAAAAAAGCCUGAAAUGAAGCAUUCAAGCACCAGAAUUUCCCCAGCAAAGGUGAACAACUUAGCAGGAAAAGCCUUGGUAAAAUCUCCCAGGUUGAGAACACCCCAACAGAAGGUCGAAGAAGUUCGCCAGAUGUAUUUUAUGAGGCUACGCUCUGGCCAUAUCAUAGAAUACAGGGGAAAAACCAUCAAAAGGCAUCCACCAAAAACAGCUGGAAAGUACAACAAGCAACAUCUGGUAUUCACUCCCUGUCAGCAGCCCCUUGAAAGGUCUUCAAAGAACAUUGCCUUUGAUGUACGGCCACGUAACAGAAGUUCUUCAGAGGAUUCUUAUUCCCUGAGCACCUACAAUGAUCAAUGUGUUACCUUUGCUUUUGCGGAUGGAAGUUAUGAGAUCUACGUUGAAGAUCUUGGAAAAAAACAAGAAAAAGACAAGGUGUUAUUCCGUUACCACGGCUCACAAUCACCUAUAAGUCCAAGAGGUGAUGAUGUUGAUGGUGAGAGAUUAAUGGUAAGCCUGAGUCCUUCAAAAGACAAAGACUUCUUGCUGCAUGCCAACAACCAGGAGCACUCUGUGGAGCUACAAAAAUGUGAAAAUCCAUUGCCGGACCAGACCUUCUUUUUCCUUCAUACGGAGCCUGGGCCCUCUUCAUGUGUUUCGUUUGAAUGUAAGAGCAAUCCUGGAGUGUUUAUAGGAGUAAAGGAUAAUCAACUCGCUCUAAUUCAAUUAAAGGACCAAAGUGAGCAUUCAAGAAGAGAGAAUAUCAAAUUUAAGCUCUCUUAAAGUUAAUGUGAUGAAAAGCUAUGAAUCCUGGGUUGGGUAGCCCAAAUAGCUACCAUUGAAGAGAUUGUCAAGAAAAAAAGAAAGAGAAGGGGAGAGAGAGAGAGAAUUUAAAGGAAAUACUGCUUAGCAUGCUGUGGAAUGUUUCUCUUAUUAUGUUAAAAAUGCAUACUUUUUGUAAUCCUCAGUUCUGUUUUUAUUCCCCUGUGUAUCACUGCAUAUUUAAUACAAGUCUUGGUAUAUUAAGUAGGGUAUUGGUGAAGGGACCUGAAAAUAUUCUGGAGACAUAUAGACCUUCACUUUUCUCUACAUUCAGCCCAGAGAGAACUUCAUAUUAUAACUGAGACCUCUGGGGAGAAACAAGAGCCUUAGUCCAAGUCUCAUUUUAGACAGAGAUCCAUUUUAAAGAGCUACAUAUGGACAAAAUUUUCUCUGGUUCCAAACAAUGGGCUCGAUUACUAUGCUAGUAAAAACCUAGACUGACUAUUUCACAAACACCAGAUUUGUAGAUGCCCAAAACUUCAGAUGCCUACAUGGCUAAGGAGAUAAUAUAAAUAUGGUAAAAAGGAAAAGAUAAUUUACAAAUUAAGAAAAAUAAAUGCAGUAUUUGUAAAGUGAAUAAUUUCGCCUCUAAUUAUUUCAUUUUUUAAAUUCUAAUUUUUAUAGAUCAAGUUAAUUUAAGUAAGGCAUUCUUAUAUUAGGAAGUGAAAUAAAUUUUAGCACAAAUAUAGAAUUGGAAUCAUUAAAAAUAUCUAACAAACUUAAAACUCUUUUUUUUUUUUUUUCCAGAAAAAGCAUUGAGCCACAACAUAGAUUAGGGCAUCCAAGUAUCAUGGUGGGGGUCAGAAAUCUAAGAUGGGAUACAAGAUUAAUAUUACAAUUUCAAUAACUGGUUAUCCCUUAUGUUUGUGACAUACCAUGUCCUUCUGACCUGGGCUUCCAGAGAUCAGUGAUUUUGCAUAUACUAGUCACCUUGGACACAAUUUUUCUAAUCCUUUCUUCCUACAUGCACAAGUCUUUUUGUUGUCCAGCAUGUCAAUGAUCCUGUUUACUAUGAAAUAUUCAUUUGAUUUAUUUUCUGCCUUCAUUUCUUUUGACCGUGUUCUUGAUACACUUUUGGCAUCCCUGAGCUUCACUCCCAAAUCACCUGACAUCUUAAUGCUAACACCUUUAUUCUGCUUUGUCUACCUGGUGUUAUAAAAUUUUACAUAAAUCUAUUGAUAACAAUAUUUUUAUUAAAUAUCUUUGUGUUUUACUACUAAGGUAGUAAAAUAAUUUAUACUCAACCAUAAUGAUAACAUUUUCAACUACUAAUGAAAUAGUUUUUACUUAUCUUAAGGCCUUAGCAAUUUCUACUGCAAUUUUUCAUAGCUUAACACUGACAAUAAAUGAUAAACAUAAUAGAAUAAUUAUGAAAUAUAACUUUUUCUGAAAUUGUAGGCUUUUUGAUUUCUAAUUUGUUAAGCUCCAUUGGAUAUAAUUGCUGGUGAACAUAAGAUAAACAAAGCUGAGAAUAACCAUAUAGACGCAAACAAGUAUAGAGCAAUAUAUCUUUGUUUCAUUACUUUGUCAAUAAUUUUACUAUAAAGACAAAAAUAAAAACAGAAUUUAUAUCAUCCCUUCUGAGAAACACUAGAUGUUAAUCAUGUGCAUCUGUAUGAAAUACUUAAAAUGAUUAUUAUUAGCCAAAUAUAUAUUAUAUUGCUUGUAUUCUGGAAUAAACUGUAUUUCUCAAGACUAUAUAAGGCCAUAAUGAUUUUAUCAUAAAUGGCUCAAUAUUAUGAAAUUCUUAAGUGAAGGUAAGCAUAUCUCAACCAAUAUUAGUAUCUGGACUAGGUCAUUUGUCUGAGACUUUUGGUGAUUCAAAACUAAGUAAGAUUUGCUCUGCUUCCGCCAAGAUGGAGGCAUAGGUGGAAAUACCUUGUGUCUGCACACAACCAAAUCUAAAAACAAAGUUUUAACAACAAUAAACACAACCAAACCACACAGAAAAUCGACAAUAUGGAGUCCAAAGACAACGAAAUGCUCAGCUAAACCGGUAAAAGGAGCGAAGCCAGCAGCAGAGCGGGUUGGCAAAAAAGAUCCCCAACGGGGUGGUGCUCAAGCAGCAAAAGGCGCUGAUCCCAGGUGUGGGCUAGCUACAGGUGGACAUAGGGAAGAGGCGUGGCUGGCUGGCUGUCUGCGAGAUCAGUUGAGCAUUUGCGUGCAGAUAAACCAGUGAAGAGGCUAGCAUUGAGACCACACGGCACAGGGUGGCUGGCUCGCACAUUUCUGCUCAGAUAAACAGGCAGGCGCAAGCGGUGGGACAAACUGGGCGAGUGGUGGGAUAGACUGGGCGAGCAGAGGACCGCCAUUGCUCCCUCUCCGACCCCACCCCCACAUACAGCAUCACAAACCAGCCACCUGGGUGGCCCCGCCCUGGUAAACAACUAAGGCUCUGCUCCUCAUACUUAAAUGGGCACAAACAGGCCAAAAAUGGCUCAAGAACAACUCAGAGCCCCAGAGAUGAUAAAUCUAAGUGAUGAGGAAAUAGCUAAACUUUCAGAUGCACAGUUCAAAACACAGGUGAUCAGGAUGCUCACGGAACUGGUUGAUUUUAGUCACAAAUUAGAGAAACAUAUCAAAGCUAAACUAAUUGAAAUGAAUGGUAAUGCACAGGAAACCAACAGUAAUGGAAAGGACACUGGGACUCAAAUCAAAGGAGAGGACCAGAAGGAAGGAAAAAAUGACCAAACAGAAAAGAAUGAAGAAACAAGAAUUCAAAAAAAUGAGGAGAAGCUUAGGAACCUCCAGGACAUCUUUAAACAUUCCAACAUCCGAAUUAUAGGGGUACCAUAAGGGGAAGAGGAACAGUCACGAGUGGAAACCUUAUUUGAACAAAUAAUAAAAGAGAACUUCCCUAUUCUGGCAAAGGAAAUAGACUUCCAGGAAAUCCAGGAAGCUCAGAGAGUCCCAAAGAAGUUGGACCCAAGAAGGAACACACCAAGGCACAUCAUCAUUACAUUAGCCAAGAUUAAAAUGAAGGAGAGAAUUCUAGAAGCAGCAAGAGAUAAGGGGACAGUCACCUACAAAGGAGUUCCCAUCAGACUGUCAGCUGAUUUCUCAAAAGAGACCUUACAGGCAAGAAGGGGCUGGAAAGAGGUAUUCCAAGUCAUGAAAAUCAAAGACCUACAACCAAGAUUGCUCUAUCCAGCAAAGUUUUCAUUUAGAAUGGAAGGACAGAUAAAGUGCUUCUCAGAUAAGACCAAGUUCAAGGAGUUCAUCAUCACCAAGCCCUUAUUAUAUGAAAUGUUAAAGGGACUUACCUAAGAAAAAGAAGAUAAAAGAAGAUGAAUAGUGAAAGGACAGCAAACUCACAGUUAUCAACAACCACACCUAAAACAAAAGCAAAUUAAGAGGACAGCUAGAUCAGGAGUGAACCAUAGAAAUGAAGAUCUCAUGGAGGUUAGCAACAGGGGAGUGGGAGGAGGAGAAGGGGGGAGAAGGUACAGAAAAUAAGUAGUAUAGA